UCAACAUUUAUGUGUGACAACUUCAAGGCUUAGUAUACAGUAAGUAAAUUGGAUAUAAUAAUGGGAAUUGGAUCUUGAAAUCUCUCACAUCUCUGCAACAACAAAGCUCAGAUCUCUUUCACGAUGCAAACUCGAAACUACGACCAAAUCUCUCAAAAAUCACUCGAAAUCAAGCAUGAAGAUAAUAGAUUCUUGUCGAGGGCUGUGUCAAAUGAGGCUAAUUCCGCCGCUAACUCCUCUUUUAGAGUGUAUUACGGCGGCGCUGCCGGUGCAAUUCCGUUCAGAUGGGAGUCCCGUCCCGGCACUCCAAAGCAUACUUUCUCAGAAACAUCAAUCCCUCCUCUUACGCCGCCGCCGUCUUAUUAUUCUUCCUCUUCACAUUCUACCUCCAAGGCCUCUUCCCAACCAACCCUUUUGAGCUCUAUUUUUCCCCGGCGAACUUUGUCGUCCUUCUCCGCCUCUUCCUCGUCCUCCUGUUCCUCACCGUCGCCAUUCGUUAGACCGAAAUUCUUUAAGCGUCGUCGUCGCCACUCGUUGGAUUCUCAGAGCUUGCCGUUGGAGUAUAACGACAACGACAACGACGGGGAGGAGGCGGUGGGGAGCUCCAAUUCUCCGACGUCGACAUUGGGGUAUGGUGGUUGUUCGGGUAGGGGAUCAUUUUUGGGAGGUUGCUACCAGUUAGUGAGCGUGAAGAAUGCUUUGUUGACCAUUGUUGGGCAUGGAUCUACAACACGAGUUGUUUACGCGGGAAGUCAUGUCGCUCGUUGGAUGGUGUGUUAAAUCUGACGGUCAAUAAUAUUUAUCCGCGUGAAGCAAUCGCGGAUUGUGCUUUUGAAAUACGUUAGCAAUAUUCCUCGAGCAGCCGAGAAGCGGGAAGCGAAAAAGGCUAAUCAAUUUCAAAGCGACUAAUUUCCAGUAUUGAAGUUUUCCAGAUUUUUUAUAUUAACAGUUUACAGCCUUCAUCUAUCGAAGAAGGCGUAAUUAAAGUUUGUGGCUGCUAAUCCAUGUUGGUAAUCGUUUGAAUGUUUCCCACCACAUCUACAGGGAGACCAAGUCAAUCCACAAUUUUAGGAACAGAUUUCAAAAGCGGUUCAUAAGCUCAAGAUUAUUUUCUCCGAUUAGCAGUAGGUCCUAAGUUUCUAGGCUAGAAGAAACGACUCGUUCUA